GAGAAAGGCUUCAAAGCACAAGGGCCGAGAUGAAGCGAGGCUUGGCUACUCCGUGAUGAGGCAGCUGGCGGUGGGAGCUGGGAAGUCUGGAUUUAAGGAAAAGAAACUUUGGACAGCUAUGAGGAGACCGUCAAACAAGUAUAGACCGCGAGAUGCUGUCAGUGAGGAAGAUGAUCUCACCUAUUAGAGAGUAAAAUCUGGCUUUGCAGAUUGCCCUUGUGAUGAGGACCGAGAGGAGCUGUAAUAUAUGGGCAUUGAUUUUGUUUUUAAUCACUUUUUCUUCCAGAGAAUGUCAGAGUGAUUUCCAAUUACACUAACCGAGUGUCCGCAAAGCUACUGCAAUGACAAGACAGGUUUUCUGUAAUUGAUUAUCAAUGCAGAUUGUACAGCUCAUCUGAACUGAUGGAAUGUCUGUGAGUCAAGUGUGUGUGGAAAGGUCACUCAUUUUCAGAAGUAACACCCCUUAUUCUACAGACAUCGUUUCUGAUCCUGGUGGACAUGAUCCGCUGUUCUGUGUGCAGUUGGAUGACUCAAAGCUGAACUAUUUUCAACAGCCACAGGAUAUCAAAGAAUCUGAUUUUGUGGAGUUCUUAGAGAAGUAUGGCAGGCACUCUUUCUUAGCACCAUCACAAGUUCAGACAUCGUUCUCUGCUUUUUACCGCGCUGGUGAUCCAAUCCUAAUCUACUUUGAUUCAUCAUCUGUAUUGAGCAUGCUUAGACAGCCAGUAAAAAUGGGAGCCAGUGGACUUUGUGUUGAUGGAAAUCCUGCUGGUUUCCUGGACAGUAAAAGCACAAGCUGUACUCGGAUUUUUGCCAACUUGAGCAAGAGCUGCAUGACUGACCCUGCCCUAGAUGCUGCUUCCUACUACCGUGACUUCACUGUGCUAAAGGUCCCAAUUAAUGACACUGUUAUGCAGUCCAUGAAGGUAAAUGUCACUGCAGUCUCACCACCUGGAGCUCCCCACAUGAAAGACAACACAUGCACCAAUGUUGUUUCUGAGGUCAUCUAUGAGAUAGAAUAUAGUGGCACAAGUGGGAUUCAGAGUGUUUCUGUUCAGUUCCAAGUGAGCAACAUCUCUGGGAACUCCAGAUCCUCUCUGCAGCAGCACUUCACUGUGCACUUCUGGACCAGGACUCUUUCUCGUAUGUUGCCUAGAAGUGGAAACCCUGGCUAUAUCAUUGGAGCACCACUGUUGAUUGCAAACAGUGGUGCCAUGCAACAUAUGAGCGUAUUAAGGAGUGAAAGUGAUGGAAGUUGUUCACAGGUCCUCAGACACAUAGUACAAUUUGGAAGGAAUAUGAGAACAGGCUGCAAAAUCAGCCUAUCCCAAAUACUGGAAGACAGUAACUGUAGUUACAUGCAGCAGAAGUUAUACAAGGCUUUUUGGGGGAUGAACAGAACAGAAGAUUUUGCUAUAACUGGCAAUGCUCAUUCAACCGAGGCAGAAGAGUGGAUGACCAUUCUGAUUCAGAACUGCAGUGUGCAGGCUGUGAAUUGCACUUCCUGUUGUAUGGUUCCCGUGACCCUGGAGAUACAGAUACUGUGGACUAAGGUGGGCCUCCUGUCCAACCCACAAGCUCACAUACUGGGUGCACGGCACUUUUACCAGUGUCACCCCCUCAAGUUUCUAAACAUGAGUAUGGUACCUCUGACAACUGUCGUUACCUUCACUGACAUGACAGAUUGGCCAGAACCUCCACGAGGCCAGCCCCAAAUGCACUGGAAACUCCCAUUUGACAUCUUUUUCCCAUUCAAGAUAGCCCUGAAUGUAGAAGGAAGUUACAGAGGGGAUCUGGCUGGAUAUUUACUGUUGAUUCUAAUAAUAUCUAGUAUUUUCUGCUUUUGAAAAUAGAUGGAGCCCGUAUUUAAAGUUUGGUGAGUGAAUGGAUAUAUUCAGGAUACGAUCCAAAUGAUGGACUUUUGUCAUCAGGUUUUUAUACCAUUUUUGUGAUAUCUACAUGCCUUCUCUUCUUGGAUGAAGCCAUGCAGACAGCUUGUCCUCUCAUGUCCCUGUUCUCUGUAUGUGAACCAUCUGUUAAUGUCACUGCAGUGACACACUUGAGAAAUGUAGAGAUCCAGGGACAUUGCAUUAAUGAAGGACAAGGAAGAGAAGGUUAAAACGGUUAGUCCAUGUCUCCAGAAACCAAGAAUGCUCUGUAAACCAAGGAGUAUGGAGAAAGUUCCCUGUUGGAGAAGCACCUGAUUUUUCUCUAUGGAACUAACUGAACAUUUAAAAUACAGGAGCUCUACCGGGUGACCUGAAUUCUUAUUUUAUGAGUAGACGUGUGCUGGUCACCCCUAACCUGUCCUUGUAAGAUGACGACAACCACACCUCUGUGACAUUUUUUGAAUUUUGCUUUUCUGUGUCUUUUGAGAUACUUGAAUAUUCGCAAUACAAGAUGUUCACUUGAAAUUUUCAUGGUUUAAUCACUGCUCACAUUAGCAACAGUGUUGCACAGAGCAAAGUAAUUGUAAAUGCCACAUACUCUGAAAUACAGUUGAAUUUUAGUGGUUUGUCAGAAUAUCUUCCUUCCUGAUCUUUUUUUUUUUCCCUGGAAUAAAUGGGCUUGAAUAGAGUUUCUCCUAGAUAAGAAACAUUCACUUGCUCCAGAUAGGAACUGAACUGAAAAUGAUAACCACUGAAAUUCUAGUAGCACAUCAGAUAGACUUGUGAAUAGUUCUGAAGCUAAGACACUGAAUAUUUUAGGAAUAUUUGUAGGUGUACUAUGAGACUGAAGCUUGCCUCUGGCAAGCUUACCUCUGGCUCAGUCUCUGGGACCACGAAAUAAGUUUAUUGUUUUUGAAGUUAAAGGUGGUGUUCUGAUUUUCUGGUCUGCCCUCUACCAUCACAUAGGAAAUCUGCUCAAUUGUUCCAGGAAGCUGUUGCAUGAAAGUAUAUUUUUUUUAGCAAAAUAUUUUAUUAUUUAUCUUCUUCAGAUGAUGGAAAAAUAUGCCCUAUCUGAUGCUAGGUACUCCAGUGGAAUCAAUAAGGGCCAAAAAUAUCGGAGCCUACUUUUAAUAAAAUUUAUUGGUUGCUUUUGUAACUAUAUUGCACAUAGCAGCUCUGUUGCUCCUCCUCGUUACAAGCCUAAAAAAGAAUGCAAAAAUAAACUGAAAAAUUUGUAAUUAGUCAGGAUAUCAAAGGCGAUAACACAAAUAAAAUGAAACUACAACCCAUCUAAAAGCUUCUGGGUUAAUGUCACAUUAUCUUUGUGAUUGUUUGUGUGAUUUAUUAGCUGGGAACGAAUUCUGUGCAAGUGUCUGCAGCUUCCAUUGAUUUCUGUUCUGUGGCAGCCCAACCAAGCUGGUGAGAACAUUCCAUGUGCAUUCCAGUAUUACAGAGGACUGUACUGUUGCACGGUACAGUAACAGCCUUUGAUUUUUAGAUAGACGUGGCUUCUAGCUGUGCCUGUAAUACCUUUGAGAAGCUUUUCUCAGAACACGUUGUAGUGUAUCCCGUAUCCUCUCAUUCCCUAAUUUGUGGAAUCCAGGAAAUUAAUUUAGAGGUGACAGUAACUGAAUUACAAAGGGUUAGCUGGAGAAACUUCCCAAAUGUCACGUCAGUGCUAAAUACGUUGGGAUAGGGCUUGAAUGAAAAGGAUCUGGCAUCCUUGUUUUCUACCUUACUGGGGUAAUUCACUUAGGUAUAACCACAGAGAUACUGUUUACUCUUUGGGCUGCAAAUACAUUAAAUUCUGUAAGAA